GGCGCGCGCCGCUUCCGCUUCCGCCGAGCGCCCCCCGCCCCCCGCCGGCGCAGGGCGCGCCCCCCUCCCGGUGGCGCGGGGACCAAUCCCGGGCAGGGAGGCGAAGCGCCGCGGCCCCCUCCCCGCUGCCGCCGCGCCCCCUCCCCUCCGCUCUGCCCCGCCCGCAGAGCACCUUCUGGUGCAGCGCAGGCAGAGCCGAGAGGAGCGAUUUGGAGCAUCGGAGGAUGAGGUUUUGGCUGAGAAAUGAAGAGAUGGCCCUAGAAGAAAUGGUGCAGAGAUUAAAUGCGGUCUCCAAGCACACUGAUGAAAUCAUGCACCAGGACAUCCUGCCCCUCUGUGCUGCCGACAUCCAGGAACAGCUCAAGAGGCGCUUCGCUUACCUGUCAGGUGGGCGGGGUCAGGAUGGAAGUCCGGUCAUCACCUUCCCUGACUACCCAGCCUUCAGUGAGAUCCCGGACAAGGAGUUCCAGAAUGUCAUGACCUACCUCACCAGCAUCCCCAGCCUCCAGGAUGCGGGCAUUGGAUUCAUCCUGGUGAUAGACCGAAGGCAGGACAAAUGGACCUCCGUGAAGGCGUCCGUCCUGCGGAUAGCCGCAUCCUUCCCAGCAAACCUGCAGCUGGUCCUUGUUCUUCGCCCGACCGGGUUCUUCCAGCGGACUCUCUCUGACAUCGCCUUCAAGUUCAAUAGAGAUGACUUUAAGAUGAAGGUGCCGGUCAUAAUGCUGAGCUCAGUGCCAGAGCUGCACGGCUACAUCGACAAGUCUCAGCUGACCGAGGACCUCGGAGGCACCCUGGACUACUGCCACUCCAGGUGGCUGUGCCACCGCACGGCCAUCGAAGGCUUCGCGCUCAUGGUGAAGCAGACGGCUCAGAUGCUGCAGGCCUUCGGGACCGAGCUGGCGGAAACAGAACUACCCAAUGACGUCCAGUCGACAAGCUCGGUGCUCAGCACCCACACCGAGAAGAAGCACAAGGCGAAGGAUGAUCUGCAGCUCGCCCUGAAAGAGGGCCAGCGCAUCCUCGAGAGCCUCAGAGAGCCGCUGGCUGAGAGUGCCACGCACAGCGUCAACCAGGACCAGCUGGACAGCCAGGCCACCGUGCAGAGGCUCCUGGCCCAGCUGGAUGAGACGGAAGCCGCCUUCGAUGAGUUCUGGGCGAAGCAUCAUCAGAAACUGCAGCAGUGCCUACGGCUCCGGCACUUCGAGCAGGGCUUCCGCGAGGUCAAAGCUACCUUGGACGCCGUGUCCCAGAAGAUCGCCACCUUCACCGACGUCGGCAACAGCCUGGCGCACGUGGAGCACCUGCUGAGGAGCCUGGCCAGCUUUGAGGAGAAGUCCAGCGUGGCCGUGGGAAGGGCCCGCGCCCUGGCGCUGGAGGGCCAGCAGCUCAUCGAGAACAAGCACUACGCUGUGGACUCCAUCCACCCCAAGUGCGAGGAGCUCCGGCACCUCUGCCACCAGCUCGCCACGGAGGUGGACAGGAGGAGGGGGCUGCUCAGCAAGUCCCGAGAGCUGCACAGCCUGCUGGAGACGUCCAUGAGGUGGUGUGACGAGGGCAUCUACCUGCUGGCCUCCCAGCCUGUGGACAAAUGCCAGUCCCAGGACGGUGCCGAGGCUGCCCUUCAGGAGAUCGAGAAGUUUUUGGAGACUGGUGCAGAAAAUAAGAUCCAGGAGCUGAGUGACAUCUACAAGGAAUACGAAACCAUCCUCAACCAAGACCUGCUGGAACACGUGCAGAAGGUCUUUCAGAAGCAGGAGAGCAUGCAGGAGAUGUUUCACCGCAGGCAGGCGAGCCUGAAGAAGCUGGCAGCCAAGCAGACGCGGCCAGUGCAGCCAGUGGCCCCCCGGCCAGAGGCGCUCACUAAGUCACCCUGCCCCUCUCCAGGCUCCUGGCGAGGAUCUGAGAGCCCCGGGUCGGAGGGCAGCGCGCUCCGGAGGGGGCCCUACAGGAGGGCCAAGAGUGAAAUGAGUGAGAACCGGCAGGGCCGGGGCAGCUCCACGGGGGACGAGGAGGAGGGCCUGGCCAUCCUGCGCAGGCACGUGAUGAACGAGCUCCUGGACACGGAACGGGCCUACGUGGAGGAGCUGCUUUCUGUCCUGGAGGGCUAUGCGGCUGAGAUGGAGAAUCCUUUGAUGACGCACCUCAUUUCAACAGGCCUACACAACAAGAAGGACGUUCUGUUUGGAAACAUGGAGGAAAUCUACCACUUUCAUAACAGGAUAUUCCUGCGGGAGCUGGAGAGCUGCACAGACUGCCCGGAGCUGGUGGGACGGUGCUUCCUGGAGAGGAUGGAGGACUUCCAGAUCUACGAGAAGUACUGCCAGAACAAGCCCCGCUCGGAGAGCCUGUGGAGGCAGUGCUCCGACUGCCCCUUCUUCCAGGAGUGCCAGAGGAAGCUGGACCACAAGCUGAGCCUGGAUUCCUACUUGCUGAAGCCGGUGCAGAGGAUAACCAAGUACCAGCUGCUGCUCAAGGAAAUGCUGAAGUACAGCAGGAACUGCCAGGGGGCGGAGGACCUGCAGGAGGCGCUGAGCUCCAUCCUGGGCAUCCUCAAGGCCGUGAACGACUCCAUGCACCUCAUUGCCAUCACCGGCUACGACGGGAACCUCAGUGACCUGGGGAAGCUGCUGAUGCAGGGCUCCUUCAGUGUGUGGACGGACCACAAGAAGGGCCACACCAAGGUGAAGGAGCUGGCCAGGUUCAAGCCCAUGCAGCGGCACCUGUUCCUGCAUGAGAAGGCGGUGCUCUUCUGCAAGAAGCGGGAGGAGAACGGGGAGGGCUACGAGAAGGCCCCCUCCUACAGUUACAAGCAGUCCCUGAACAUGACCGCCGUGGGCAUCACAGAGAACGUGAAGGGCGAUGCCAAGAAGUUCGAGAUCUGGUAUAAUGCCAGAGAGGAGGUCUACAUCAUCCAGGCACCAACUCCUGAAAUUAAAGCCGCAUGGGUGAAUGAGAUUCGGAAAGUGCUGACCAGCCAGCUGCAGGCGUGUCGAGAGGCCAGCCAGCACAGGACCCUGGAGCAGUCCCACAGCCUGCCCCUGCCCGCGCCGUCCAGCACCAGCCCUUCAAGAGGGAGCACGAGAAAUGUCAAGAAGCUGGAAGAGAGGAAGACGGACCCCCUGAGUCUGGAAGGAUAUGUGAGCUCGUCGCUGCCAAAGCCCCCCGAGAAAGGCAAAGAUGACGUGGUCUCUAGCUCUGCCUCGGAAAGCUCCGCACUUUCCAGAAAGCGCUUCACCCUGCAGGGCUUUGCUAACCUCAAAGCAUCUCCUACCAGUCCUGACAAAAAGGCCAAGCGGCACGAAGUAAAGAGCGACCCGACUCCCUUUGGUUUGCGAGGCUGGAGCAAAGGCUCCCACUCCCUGGAGGCCCCUGAGGACGAGGGCGGCUGGUCCAGUGCUGAGGAGCCCGUCAACUCAUCCGAUGCAGAGGAGGACGGCGGAGUGGGCCCCAAGGAGCUGGUCCCGGGGAAGUACACCGUGGUGCUGGACGAUGAGAAGCGGGGCCCGGACACGCUCGCCGUGAGGAGCGGGGAUGUGGUGGAGGUGGUGGAGGAGGGCGCCGAGGGGCUCUGGUAUGUCCGGGACCUGACCAGCAACAAGGAGGGCUGGGUGCCGGCCAGCAGCCUGUCGGCUCUCCUGGGCAAGUCCAGCUCGGCUCAGUGUUUGAGCAGCUCAGAGUCCAGCCCAGGGUCGGCGGUGCUGAGCAACUCCUCGAGCUGCAGUGAAGGCUGCCCCGCGCCCUUCUCCGACCUCCAGGGCUAGGAGCCGCCGGCCCGCGUCGCGCCCUCUCCGGGUUUUCUUUCGCUUGGGCUCGCUUAGUUUGGGGAGGGGACGGUGCUCGACGAUAGCCAAACCCACGAGGACCCCAGUGCGCCCGCAGGCUGCAGAGGGACGCGGGCCUGGGCAGCUGCGAGGUGCAGAGUGGACGGAGGAGGAGCCUGGGGCAGCGCCGCCGGCCGGCCGCCCUCCGGGGUUCCAAUGCCUGGCGUGCUGCUUGCUGCGCCAAUGUCCCCGUGGGAGACGCCUCGGAGGGCAGCCCGCCCGCGCUACCCACAGCCCGGGAGAGGGGCCUGGGAACUCUUGUCUUUUAUAAGUUUCUGAUUUUUUUUAAAAAGGGGUUAAUCCCACGGCCAUUUUUUGUGGUACUUUGGCCUCAAAUCUUUACCAAGAAUCACUGUGUUUACAUGAAAUGAUAAUUUGAUACUGUAUUUGAUAUAAAACUAUUUUUUUGUUACUGGGGUUUACAUCGAAGCACGUUGUUUAUACCACUAAAUGAUUUGGGCACUCCUUGAAGCACACCUGGUCACAGGUGAAGAAACACACAUCCCUUGGUAAAAUCAGGUGGCGUCUCCACAACCAAAAGCAGUGGGAAACCAGAUCCUUCUACAUGCAUAGGUCUUAUUUCACAAGAAAAUCCAAACUCUAAAUUAUUAGCCUUCUUUUCUACAAAAUAAGGGGACUCUCGAUUUUUUUAAAGAGCUUCACUGAAUCAGCAUAUUUUUAUUGUUUUUAAAGACAGUGUAAAGACGCAGUUUCUGCAGGUCUUGACUCCCUAUCAGCUGCAGCUGUCGCCUGGCAGCAGGACGCGUGUCCUUCGGGGCCCCUGCCUCUCCUUGCAGGAAGUCUGCUGUGCUGUUAGAACCACCUUGAACGAGGACA